AGAAGCAGCAGCAGCAGCAACCAACUUUACAUAAAAGGCGUUGAACUCGCUUUGCUGCUAUGAUGGAGCUGGAGCCGCGCGUGGCGAUAUUGCAGGAUCUGCGCCUACAGACAUUCGAUUCCAUACGCUUCGCUUCCUAUCGCACCGCCUCCAAGCUGCGCUACAUACAAAAGUCCACGAAUUUGCAUUUGGUGGACAUAUGGAAUGUGAUUGAAGCGUUUCGUGAGAAUGGACUCAACACACUGGAGCCGCAGAGCGAGGUGAGCGUAGCGCGGCUCGAGACACUCGUCUCCUCGCUCUAUCACAAUCUGAACAAACGUUUGCCAACGGCGCAGCAAGUGCCCGUGGACUCCAAGGCAGGACUAUUGCUCAAUUGGCUGUUGGCUGCUUACACAAGUGACAACUCGGGCAAAAUACGCGUGUUUUCCAUUAAGGUGGCCCUGGCGACCAUGUGCUCCGGCAAGCUGGUGGAUAAGCUCAGAUAUAUAUUUUCACAGAUAUCGGAUGGUGCUGGCCAACUGGUGGCCUGGAAGCUGGGGGAGUUUUUGCGUGAGGUGCUGGCGCUGCCGGCGGCGGUAUAUGAGUCGCCAACAUUCCAUUAUAAGGAUGGGCUGGAGGAGGAGAUCUUUCCGGCGGAGAACAAGGUCACCGUGAACGAUUUCAUGGCAACACUUAUGUCCGAACCGGGACCAUCGUGUCUCGUUUGGCUGCCGCUGCUGCAUCGGCUGGCCACGGUUGAGACUAUUGUGCAUCCGACGAUCUGCUCUGUUUGCCACAAGGAAAACUUUACUGGAUUUCGUUAUCGUUGUCAGCGGUGUCACGCCUACCAGUUGUGCCAGGAGUGCUUCUGGCAUGGCAAGACAUCGCUGAACCACCAAAACGAUCACGAGGUCAAGGAGUACUCAAGCUAUAAGUCGCCCAGCAAACAGAUUGGUCACUCCUUGCGCAAGAGCUUCCGAUGCGUGCCCGAGAAGACGACGCAAGUGUUGCCACGAUUCCCGGACCAGCCCGAAAAGACUCUCAAUCUAUCGCACAUUGUGCCGCCAUCGCCGCUGCCCUCGCACAACGGCUUCUCCGAUCCGGCGCUGGGACAUCUGCACGGCCCUGGACCCGGCGGCAUGCCCGGCGGCAUCUUUGAUCGCUCCAGCACACUGGACUCUCGCGCCACCGGACGCAGUCUGGACACGACCAUGUCGCGCGUAGCCGCCGCCUCGGCCAACGAUGAGGAGCAUCGUCUGAUUGCUCGCUAUGCUGCGCGUCUGGCGCAGGAAAAUCGCGCUCCCUCCAACAUGCCCAAUGCGGAGAGCAUUACGCCCAUAGGCACGGACAAUUCGCGAGCGCAGCGCGAGCUUAUUGCACAGCUGGAGACCAAGAACAAGGAGAUUAUGCGUGAGAUAGCGCGACUGCGUCGUCAGCAGGAGACUGAGCAAAUGGCGCCGGAGAAUCCAGCGCUGAUCAAUGAGCUGCGCGCGCUGCGUCAGCGCAAGGGCGAACUCGAGGGUCAUUUGGGUGCGCUGCAGGACUCGCGGCGACAGUUGAUGGAACAGCUGGAGGGACUGAUGCGCAUGCUGAAGAACCAACAGACUUCCUCGCCACGCUCCACACCCAAUUCCAGUCCGCGCUCAGGCAAAUCACCACCCAUGCCAGGUGGCAAUCAAGCUGCCAAUGCCGCUGCCGCCGCCGCCGCUGCUGCUGGCGUGCCCAUGAGCGCUCUACAUGCCCAACAGCUGCAGCAGCUAUCGCAUCCCAUGCUGCGCUCCCAGCAGCAACAGCUGAUGCAGCAGCAACAAGGCGCCCAUGCGCCCUUCAGUCAAAACCAGCUGGAUCAGCUCAAUCAAAUCAGCAGCGAUAUGCGCAGCGCCUUUGCCGCCAAUGGCAGUGCAACCCCGCCGCCUAUGUGCAACAUUAAUACGACUGCCGAUGCGGAGCUAAAUGCCACUGCCGAUAACAUAACGUCGGCCAUUUCAACAAUGGUCAGCGAUCUGAACGCAGGAUCCAACAGAGACAACUUGCCAGCGGCACGUUUCAUUCUGCCAUUGGAGUUUCGUCACAUCGAGGGCGGUGAGUCCUCCGCCUCAGCUUCAGCCUCGUCUCCCGACUGCGAUUGCGAAUUCGAUUGCCAGGUGUUUGAGCAAAACUUUUGCCAUGCCGAGGAGUUUGAUUGCGAAGGUGCUGCCGCUUGUCCUCCACUCUCGCCCGUGCACUGCGACUACAAUUUUGGCCAGAGUGCUGAGCAAUCUCAGCUGAAUCGCAUACUGGGCUAUCGCUAUUAUCCUGAACUGUUUAUUGAUGAUGACCAGGCUGGUUUUCCGGCACUGCAUGAGAUCGAUUUCGACGAAAAUCAAUCAUAUAAUCCAGAGUGGAAUGAAAAGGCAAAUGCGAAUAGCCAAUGGCAGGAGCAGUUUGCACAAUGGAGUCUUAAUUCACAAAAUAACUAAAUAUCGGCGUAACGGCAAUGGAUAUAUAUAUAGCAUAUAGACAGCGAGCAGGCAGCUACAGUUACUGGAUGGACUCGCUUAGCUUUUUAAACUUAAUUCUUAUGUUGAUCUAGAGCAAUUUAUUUAUUGACUAUCUUAGCCCCUACCAUCUACUAUCUUAAACAAUUUAUAAUUUAUUUCUUUGGCGGGAAUAUUCUAGUACACACACACACAUACGUAUAUAAUAUAAUGUAUAACCUAUAAACAAAGUAAAAGACUAGCAUUUGAAGUCGCAAACUUUUGAAUCUCGUUGAAAUCGCUCGGCAAUUUAUACGUAUACAUUUUUAAUUUUUAAGCAUCACGAAACGUAAUUUGGCUAUACAAUUUUAUAAAUCGCUUUAUUGCAUGCUGAGGUCGUGCAACUAUUUAUUACAUAUUUAAA